CCACGAGUUUCGACAACUCGACCGCGAUAAACAGAGGCGAUAAACAGAGUGCUGUUGAUCGAGACUGCGCUCUGUGCUGGGCAAUUGGUAUUGUCUGGAAGCUGUGUUGAUUGAUUGACUUGUUGAGACCGUGUUGGUGUCGUGGCUUGAAGAAGAAUAACAGCGACUACUCAUAUCAUGGCGCGACAGUUGCCUCCGCAGACAUUGGAGUGGCUCCAUCGGGUUUUGCUGCUGGAAUAUCAAGAUAUCAACCGCACAUACUCCGAUGCCGUCCAACUCCUCCAAUCCCAACCCUCCCUCUCCCCCCGAACAAGUGUCCACACCUACGAAACAGGCAAAUCAGAGCUCCUCCUCAACUUCCACGGCACCCUCCCCUGCUUCUUCCACUCCGCAACCUACAACAUCCCCGUCUCGAUCUGGGUUCCGCACGAGUACCCGCACGCCGCGCCCUUUGCCUUCGUCACGCCCACCCAGACCAUGGCCAUCCGCGCAGGCAACCACGUCGACACUAACGGGAGGGUGUAUCAUCCGUUUAUCUCGUACUGGAACCCGCAGACUGCUAAUCUUGUUGCGUUCUGCGCUGUGCUGUCGGACGUGUUUGGAAAGGAACCGCCCGUGUAUGGGAAACCCCAGCAGCAGCAGCUUCCUCCACAGCCAUCGAUGCCGCCGUCCCUACCUCAAUAUCAACAGCAGCAAUUUUCUGCACCGCCGCCACAACAAAUGCCGGAAAACCUGCUCUCCUUCGCGUCGUCCACUCCUCAGCCAUACCAGCAGCGCCCACCGACUUUUCCUCCCGAGCCACAACCUCAACCUCAGCAGCAGCAGCAGUACUACCAACCUCAGUAUCAGCAGCCUCAGCAGCAGCAGCAGCAGCAGCAGCAGCAGCCUCAGCCACCCGUCUACUCACAAACACAGCCCAGCGCGCUCGCAGAUCUCGCGUCAGUGCCAUACACGCGCGACAUCAUCGACGAAUCCCCGCCCGCGCCCUCGACUCCCGCCCCGGUGCAGUCCGCGCACCCGCCUCUACCGCCCCACCCCGAGCAAACCCGUCUGCUAACGCAGAUCGCGGACGCGCUGCAACGGAAAGCAGACGCUGCCGCGCCGCAGAUGAAGAAGCAGACCGAUCAGCUCAAGGGCACGCUUGACAUGCUCAGUCGCGCGGAGACGAAUCUCGCGCGGGAAGCGAGCGAGCUCGAGAGGAUUGCGGAAGGGUGCGAGCGGAAUCUCAAGAUCCUUUCAGAUCGGAUCGGGCAGGCCGAAGCGCGCACUGCGGAGGCCAAGAAAGACGGCGCGCAGGCGAAUUUAGACGUGAAUUCGAUCGUAUGCGCGGAAGCGGUGGUGUUCAACCAGAUCUACGAGUUAGCAGCCGACGACCUUGCGAUCGGGGACACGAUCUACGUGCUCGGCAAGGCGUUGGAUCGUGAGCGGAUCGGGCUUGAUGAGUUUUUGAAGCACGCGAGGACGUUGGCGAGAGAGCAGUUUUUGAAGAGGGCGCUGGUGAGGAAGAUUGCGGAGGAUACGGGGAUGGCGAGGGUGUAGAUUGUUUUGGGGGUGUGCAUAGUAGUUCGUUAGUUGUCAUAUAUAGUAUAGUAAUCUUGAGUGUCGUAGUCAUUGAAUAAGUAGUAACGAAUCAUAUUACCGA